UCUUGAUGGCUUUGUGUCUUGUUGUCUCAGCAGAUCUGAGCCUCCUCAACCCUGUCUAGGAUGCGGUGUCAGGAUGUUCUCCAAUUUGGCCAGAAGCUGGUCUGCAGGCGGCUGCUGGAGCCCGCAGAGGAGUAUGAGAGCCACGUGGCUCAUCUGAACAUCCUAGACCUGGUGGUUUUGGGUGUGGGCAGCACCCUGUGGGCUGGCGCGUACAUCAUGGCUAGCGCAGUGGCCAUGCAUAUAGCUGGACCAGCGAUUAUCAUCAGCUUCUUGGUGGCCGCCCUGUCUUCUCUGUUGUCUGGGCUCUGCUAUCCUGAGCUUGGGGCCAGGGUGCCACGCUCCAGUUCUCUGUAUCUCUCCAGCUACGUCACCAUGGGACAACUGUUUGCCUUCAUCACUGGCUGGAACUUCAUACUGUUCUCUGUCAUUUACACUGCCUGUGUGGCCAAGGCCUGGAGCUACGCCUUUGACAGCCUGACUGGGAACCACAUCUCUCAGGGGCUACAGGGCACUUUCUCUGUGCAUAUGCCCUACUUCCUGGCCGCGUACCCAGACUUUGUGGCGCUGGGCCUGGUGUUGCUCAUGAUUGGAGUACUGAUUUUAGGAGCUCGUGUGACAUCCCUCGUUGCCAAAGUGUCCAUAGGUCUGAACCUUUUGGUUCUCAGCUUCAUCCUCCUCUCUGGCUUCAUUAAGGGAGACCUGCGCAACUGGCAGCUCAUGGAACAGGACUAUAACUUGGCAGCAUCUGGACCCAACGGCACCUAUAGCUCAGAAGGGUUGGGCCCUGUGGGUUCUGGAGGGUUUGUGCCCUUCGGCUUUGAUGGGAUUCUCCGAGGAGCAGCUUUAUGCUACUAUUUGUUUUUUGGUUUUGCUGUCAUUGUCAAUAAAGGGAAGGGAGCCCGAAAUCCUCAGCGCUCCAUCCCCUUGAGCAUGGCCAUCUUCAUCUUCAUCUGCUUUUUGGUAUAUUCUGGCGUCUCAGCGUCACUCACCCUCAUGGUGCCGUACUACCAGACUGAUCCUUACAACCCCUUGCCGCAGGCUCUUCUCCAUGUUGGGUGGGCCCCUGCCAGCUAUGUCAUGGCUGUUGUCAUCCUGUGUGCUCUUUUAUACAGCCUCUUAGGUACCAUGUUCUUCAUGUCUCGCAUGACCUAUGCAAUGGCAGAUGACGGGCUCCUUUUCCGGGAACUUGCCCGCAUCCGUGCCGGCACAGGCACUCCCAUCAUGGCCACCAUGUCUUCUGGAAGUCUUGCAGGGCUCCUGGCGUUACUCUUCAAGUUCCAUGACAUCGUGGAACUGAUAUCUCUUGGGAUCCUGCUUGCGUACACCAUCAUGCCUUUUUCUGUUCUUGUCCUCAGGUACCAGCCAGAUCUGAAUUCAAGCAAGAAUGAGAACACAAAGAACAAAAGUGAAAUUUCUGAACGUGAACCAAGUUCUUCCAAACCUGAGCCUGAAGCAGGAACCUCAAACAUUCUAAAGCUUCUGUGGAGCCAUGUGAACACCAGCCCCUCUCAGAAAUCCGGCCGGAUUGUCUACGGAUGUGCCUUACUGCUUGUUCCCCUGCUGACGGCCCUGAGCCUGGUGCUGGCCCAGUGGCCCCGCCGUGUGUUCUCUGGAGACCCCGUCUGCACAACGGUGGCUGUGCUGCUGCUGGUGCUCAUCACCGGGGUCACUGUCACCAUCUGGAGGCAGCCCCGGGGCCCCACUCCUCUUCUCUUCAAGGUCCCUGCAAUGCCUGUCCUCCCUCUUAUGAGCAUCUUUGUGAAUGUUUACUGGAUGAUGCAGGUAACCCCUGAGACCUGGGCCCAGUUUGGCAUCUGGAAUGCCAUUGGAUUCGCCAUAUACUUUGGAUAUGGGAUCCGACACAGCUUGGCGGGGAACACUGAUCCACAGCCUCCAGCCUCUGACUCCUAA